UUAAACCAAGGAAUACAUAGCUGUAGUAGAAUUAUACUUGUUGGAGAUACAGUAGUUGUCUUUUCUUCAUGAACUCAGAUGAGAUUGUAGCAGUGACUUCAGCCAAGUUAAUUGGACUAUGGAUUGGGUUACUGUCCAUCUCUUGGAUUUGCAACUGAACCUGUCCCACCAGAGUGAUGCCGGUGGAUUAUGUGCAGUGGUGAUAGACAUCAAAAGUCGAUUUCCUGGUCUAUAAAUAUCAGUCCACCAUGGUUCUUCAUAUCUCAUCAGCACAUACUGCCUCUGCACUCCGCCCCUUGCUCUGUUUCUGCUUUCACAACACUUAUCCAGAGAUGGAGAAUGCUUCUGGCUUGCAGCGCCAGCUUGCUAGAAUGAAGAAGGACCUCUUUGAUCAGGGGUACUUGGACGAACAAUUUGAUCAGCUAGAGGAGUUGCAGGAUGAAUCCAGCCCUAAUUUUGUGGAAGAAGUUGUCACAUUGUUCUUCAGGGAUUCAUCCAGAUUGAUGGCCAACAUUGACGACGCCCUCCAGCAGUGCCCUCGAGAUUUCCAUAGGCUGGACAACUUCUUGCACCGAUUGAAGGGCAGUGCUUCCAGCAUCGGUGCUGCAAAGAUGAAGAACGAGUGCACCAGUUUCAGAGAAUUCUGCAGUGAAGGAAACCUUGACGGAUGCCUGAGAUCGUUUCAGAAGGUGAAGAAUGACCACACCAUCUUGAGGCAGAAGCUGGAAAACUACUUGCAGCUCUCACUUGUGUUGUGGCAGUUGCUGAGGCAAGUUGGCCCCGUCGACAAAGCAUCUCGCUCUGGUAGCUGAGAAGACCGGAGAGGACGUCGCCCACCAACCCUUGCGCCAAUGUGAGCGAGCGUUCCCAUU